UUAUUCAUCAACAGAUACCAAAAUGGUGCAGGAAGAAAUCAAUAAUGAUGGUGCCGACGAGCAAAUGUUGGGCGCCGAAGACAACGACAAAUUGGCCGAAAAACGUGAAGAAGUUAAAUUCAUAAAGGGCGGUGAUCAUCAGAAUGGUGAUGCCAAAAUUGAUAUUGGUGCUGUUAAUGGAAAGGCUUUUACCGGAAUGACCAAGGAGGAGCUGAUGAAAUAUGCCAAUGAUCCAUUCUGGAUUCGUUUACGUUGGAUUUUCUUCAUUGCUUUUUGGUUAAUAUGGUUGGGUAUGUUGGUCGGUGCCAUUUUGAUCAUAGUCGAAACACCCAAAUGUGCUGCCCCCGAACCUUUACCCUGGUAUAAGAGUGGCAUUUUGGCUAAAUUCUCCAAUUUCGAAUCGAGCAAUGAAAAUGUGGAGUUGGUUAAACAAAUCAAAGCCAGUGGUGUUAUAUAUGAAAUGCCUGCUGAACUUACCUAUAAUGUACAUGAUGCUGAGGUCGAAGAAAAGAUUCGCAAUAUUGUCAAUCAUUACAAGGAGACAGAGGCUCAUGUCAUUUUCGAUAUAACACCAAAUUAUGUACCAAAAACAUCACGUCUCGUGAAAGAUGCCAUGGAUGAUGAAACUAAACGUUCCGCCUUUGUGUGGAUUGAAAAGCCAGAGGUACCCAACAAUUGGUUAUCGUUGGUAAAUGGUUCGGCUUGGGCUGAAGUAAUGCCGGGCAAUUAUGUGUUAUCUCAGUUCGGUGAUGGUCUAUAUGAUUUGCAUAUGAAUGACACAAUUGUCAAGAAGGAAUUGAGCCGGGUUUUGGAACAUUUGGUCAAAUUGGGAGUUCAUGGCAUCCGUUUGAAGAAUACCAAAUUCUUUAUUUUAUGCAAACAAAUCAAGGAUGAAGUACCAGCUGAAAAUCCCAAAUAUGAUUUAACACAAUACGGUUUCUGGACCCAUACUCAGACCACAUUCCAAGAAGGUUUGGGUGAUGUGCUAUAUGAAUAUUUGACAAUUGUUAAGAACACCACUGCUGAUGGUUUCCUCUCGGUGGCCGAUGAUGUUAUCCGGCCCGAAGUUUAUCGUACCUCAUCGGGUGAUAUGGGUAUUGAUAUACCGUUAUAUGGUAAAUUUGUAAAGACUCUAAGCUCGCCCAAGGAUAAGGAUUUGCGUGGUGAAUUGACAAAUGUUAUGCGUGAGGCUGGUAACUAUACCUGGUUGCAAUGGAAUGUCGAUGAUGCUGAGGAAAAUUCUGAAGUACCACCAACAUCGGUGAUAUUGUUCUUGUCUCUGUUGCCCGGUACACCUGUGGUGCCUGUGGACAAGGGUUCGUAUGGCAGCAGUAUAAGUGAUGCAAUUUCCAAACAAAUUGAGACCUCACGUAUGUCACCAUCCUAUAUGCAUGGUGAUUUCAAUUUGUUGCCCAUUGAACCAUUGGUUGGUUAUACAAGAAUAAAGUCUGGUAAUCCCGGUUUCUUGGUAUUGUUCAAUCCCACCGAUACCACCCAAGCGGCCAAUGUCACCGACAACAGCAAUUUGCCCGAAAAAAUGACCGUUGUCGCAAUUAGUGACAAUUACAAUGUCACAAAUGUUGUGGCCAAGAACAAAAUUGCCACCGCCGAUUUGGAAGUAUCACCAUACUCUACCAUCAUUUUAACCUAUGUUCCCGUUAAAACGGAAUAAAUUAGCUAAAGAGCU